AUGCAGCUCUUGGCCACAUCAGCCAUGGCCGCCCUUUUGAUGGGCGGCCAGGCAGUCGGGGAACUGUGCAAAUGUUCUCCUACAGACGCCUGCUGGCCCUCCGACGCGGAAUGGGAGGCCUUCAACGCCACCAUCACGGGUAACCUGAUCCGCACCGUCCCGCCGGGCUCCGUCUGCUAUCCCGACGAGCCCAACUACGACUCAGAGGCCUGCGACGCCGUCAUCUCCGGCUGGUCUUCGUCCGUCUUCCACUCCUCCGAUCCGGCGAGCGUGUCGACCGCCUGGUCCAACAGCAGCUGCGUCCCCGUCUACCCCAACGGGACCAGCGUCGACGGCGUCCCGGGCGCGGGAGAUAGAGGCUGCUCUCUCGGCGCGCUGCCGUCCUACGUCGUCAACGUGACGGGGCCCGAAGAGGUCCAGGGCGCGCUUCGGUUCGCCAGGGAGAAGAACUUGCGCGUCGUCAUCAAGAACACGGGACACAACGGCUCGGGAAGCACCCCCUAUCGGCUCACCACCCUUCGAAUGGUUGUCGGUUCGCUGACGCGUCCCGGUAGCAUCUGGACGCACAACUUGAAGCAGACCCAGUUCCACGAGAGAUUCCAACCCGUAUCCUGCUCCGCCAACACCACAUGGAAGGGCAGCCAGAUGGCCAUCACCAUCGGCGCGGGUAUCCAAGACGGAGAGAUCUUUGACUUCGCCAAGAAGAACAACGUCGUCGCCGUGGGCGGGACAAGCAAGGACGUCGGCGUCGUCGGUUGGGCCACCGGCGGAGGUCACGGCUUCAUGACGGGCGAGUACGGCAUGGGCGCGGACAACAUCCUCGAGGCCGUCAUCGUCACCCCGUCCGGCGAUCUCAUCACCGCCAACGCCUGCCAAAACGAGGACGUCUUCUGGGCCAUCCGCGGCGGCGGCGGCGGCACCUUUGGCGUCAUCGUCAACAUGACCAUGAAGGCGUACCCCGUGCCGGAGAUGACGCUGCUGGGCCUCAACGCCGCCGCGAACAACGGCACGUCCUCCAAGGCGUGGUGGCGGUUCGUCGCCCAGCUGCACGGCCUGCUGCCCGCGAUCCAGGAAGAGGGGGUCAAGGGCUACUACACCAUCGGCGCGCCGGCCGGCCAGACCAUCGCCUUGGCCUCCUCGCUGUUCCUGUGGAACGCGGCCAACGGGACGGCCGAGAGGGUGCUGGCCCCCGUCAAGGCGCUCCUAGCGGCGAACAACGGCACAGUGACCGGCUCCGUCCAGACGAUCCCCGUUCCCUCCUUCUACGACCUCCUCGAGACGAUGCCCAUCACUGAAAGCGGCGCGAGAGCGACCACCAUCACCGCCGCACGCCUGAUCACCCGCCGAGUCGUCACCGAGGAGCAAGGCCUCUUGGCCGAGGUUCUCGAGGAGGUCGGCACGCGGGUGCUUGCCCCGACCAACGGACUGCCGAACCUUUCCAUGAGCGGCACCAUGACCAUCGGCCACGAGCCCGUCGACAACGCCCUGAACCCCGCCUGGCGCGACUCGGUCGUCCACCUCAUAACGCAGCAGAGCUGGGACGGCUCGCUCCCGGCGGCCAACGUGUCGCGCAUCGUGAACGACAUGACGUACAACAAGCUCAACGCCCUCCGGAGGUUGGACCCGGGCUCGGGAACGUACUUGAACGAGGCCAACACCUUCGAGCCCGGCUGGCAGUGGUCCUUCUUCGGGCCCAACUACGGCCGCCUCCGUAGCAUCAAGGACAAGUAUGACCCGGAGGGCCUGCUCUGGUGCCCGCAGUGCGUCGGCGGCGAGGACUGGGUCCAGCGCGAGGACGGCCGGCUUUGCGAGGCCUACAAGCCGUUCGGCGCUCGUUGA